AUGGAUGAAGACGCCCAUGCCAGAAGUGCACCGGACUCGGACAAACUUUUCCAGCGGCCCCGCUGCCGCCGCCCGCGCCUCAUCUCCGCUCUGCACCGCGUCCGGCGGCCGCUGCUGCCCGCGAUGCUAGCCGCGCUACUGGGCGGCGGCGGGGCCCGCUCGGGGACUGUUCCGGGCGCCUUGCUGUGCCUGAUGGCGCUGCUGCAGCUGCUCGGCUCGGCGCCGCGGGGCUCCGGGCUGGCGCACGGCCGCCGCCUCAUCUGCUGGCAGGCGCUGCUGCAGUGCCAGGGCGAGCCCGACUGCAGCUACGCCUACAGCCAGUACGCCGAGGCGUGCGCUCCGGUCCUGGCUCAGCGCGGCGGGGCUGACGCUCCGGGGUCCGCCGGCGCCUUCCCCGCUUCGGCCGCGUCCUUCUCGCCGCGCUGGCGCUGCCCGAGCCACUGCAUCUCGGCACUCAUCCAGCUCAACCACACGCGCCGCGGGCCCGCGCUGGAGGACUGCGACUGCGCGCAGGACGAACACUGCAGGUCCACCAAGCGCGCCAUCGAGCCCUGCCUGCCUCGCACCAGCAACGUGGGCCCAGGCGCGGGAGCGGGCUCGGUCAUGGGCUGCACUGAGGCCCGGCGACGCUGCGACCGCGACAGCCGCUGCAACCUGGCGCUCGGCCGCUACCUGGCGUACUGCGGCAAGCUUUUCAACGGGCUGCGCUGCACCGACGAGUGCCGCGCGGUCAUCGAGGACAUGCUGGCCGUGCCCAAGGCGGCGCUGCUCAACGACUGCGUGUGCGAUGGGCUGGAGCGGCCCAUCUGCGAGUCGGUCAAAGAGAACAUGGCCCGCCUGUGCUUCGGCCCAGACGCGGGCAACGGUCCGGGCAGCAGUGGCUCGGACGGGGGCCUGGACGACUACUACGACGAAGACUAUGACGACGAGCAGCGCGCGGGGGCGGCGGGAGGCGAGCAGCCCUUGGACGAUGACGACGGCCUCGCGCGCCCGGGCGGCGGCGCUGCUGCGGCAGGCGGCCGCGGGGACCUGCCCCAUGGGCCCGGGCGCAGGAGCAGCGGCAGCGGCAGUGGAGGCCAUUGGGCGACCCGAGACGCCUGGACCCCGCUUGUGUGCUUGCUGCUGCUACUGCUCGGGUCACACUUGUAGCCCCUGCUCCCCUGCUGCAGGCCGGUGCACGCGAUCCGGCUGGCUCCCGAGCCAGGCACCUGUGGCUCGGGGACCGCGGGUCUUCUGGAACACUGACCCACACUCGUCCAGGGUGGACAGGGCCCCAGCACGUACCCCAGCCACCAUGCGCGGCCUUCCACUGUGGUUUCCAGGCUGCAAAGAUGACGGAUCUAUCCUACCGGCUCGAAUCCGCAGAGAUCAAGACACGCUGCCAAAAGCAAAGGAGGUUUGGACUCUGCUCAACGUUUUCCUGUGAGGGGGACACGUAGUGCUGGUAGCGACUUUAAUUGCUUGUGGCCACUGAGAAACACAGCAAUCGUAAGUAAAUGGAAGCGUUCCCUUCCCGAUUCAUUCUUGCACUUGGUGUAGCACACGGUAACGCCGAUUGUGGAGCCGGCGAGUGCCUUGUCUGGGUCCCCGGAAUCAUGUCUGCAUUAUAACCUUAACCCCCACCUUCGGCUUCACUGCCACCAUUCUGAUCUCUGAGCACCACGUGUCUUAGAAUUAAGGGUCCAAAAACCUGGCCUAUUACCAUGGUGUUGAACAAUGCAACUUUUUUAUCUUAAAGCUCCUUACUGCCAUCUAGGAAAACUUCUGUGUGGUGUUUGUUUUGUUGUCCUUUUUCUGUUUUGGUUUGGUUUCAUGGUUUGUUUUUUUUUUCUUUAACACCAAGAAAUUCUAAGUUUGAAAAUGCAGAGAUUGUAUAUUGCCUCCUCUGUCCCUAUCGGGGUCAUCCACCCUGGUACGUCGUAUAUAAACUGUAUUAAAACUGGGGUUUCUUACCAGUUGCUGUACUUUGUAUAUAGAAUUUUUAUAAAUUGUAUGCAUCAGAAAUAAUUUAUUUUUAAAAAGAAAUUAAAAGGUUUAAAUCUGCAUCAAUGUUGCAUCACCCCAUCCAAGAAAUGUAUAGAACACAUUGGUCACCAGGAACCCACUCCUGCAAGUCCCUUUUGAAGUGCGCCCUGUGUAGAACAGUCUAAAAAAAUGUACAGUGUAUUUUACAGAUUUGAAGUAACGUUCUUAUUUUCAAGAGAAUUUAUGGACAUUGUAGAAAUGUAUAAACGCAUUUCCAAACUGCCUUAAACAUUGUAUUUUUAUAGACAUCAUUUUUUUAAAGUCCUGUGUUUUAAAUAACUAUGACUUUGUGUAUUUUUUGGUUGUUUUAUUAAAAAUGCACACAUCAGUAAAGAGUUUAAA